AUGAAGAGCUCCGCGGCGUUGUCUUCCCUGGCGAGGCGGUAUGCAGCUUGUGAUGAUUUGGCUUUUACUUUUGCCCUCGACUCUCUCUUUGAUUUGCGGACCAUUUAGCCUCGUCGCCGUCGUCAUGGUUGCAGGCUGGAGGGGAAGGUGGCCAUCAUCACCGGCGGCGCCAACGGCAUCGGCGAAAGCACCGCCAGGCUUUUCGCUCGGCACGGUGCCAAGGUCGUCGUCACCGACAUCCAGGACGAGAAGGGCCAGGAGGUCUGCAGGGAAACCGUGGGCGACGGCGGCGUGGCCUCCUACAUCCACUGCGACGUCUCCUCCGAGGCCGACGUCCAGGGCGCCGUGGAGACCAACCUGAGGUCUCACGGCCGGCUGGAUGUCAUGUUCAACAACGCCGGCAAGGUCGUAGAGUACCGGCCCCACCUCGACUUCGACAGGUCCGACUUCGAGAAGGUGAUGGCCAUGAACGUGAUCGGCGUCUUCCUGGGCAUCAAGCACGCGGGCCGGGCCAUGACCUCCACAGGGAGAGGAAGCAUCAUCAACACCGCAAGCGGCGCCUCGGUCAUGGCCGCCUUGCCGGUUUUGCCCUACACGGCAUCGAAGCACGCCGCGGUGGGGCUGACGAGGGACGCCGCCGUGGAGCUGGGCCGCUACGGCGUGCGGGUCAACUGCGUCUCUCCUCAUAUUUUGGCGUCGCCCUUGGCCUGCAGGGCGCUUGGGAUGGACACCAGAGCUGUGGAAGACGCCGUGGAGAAGAGCUCGGUUCUGAGAGCUGCGGCGUUGAAGGCGCAGGACAUCGCCGAGGCGGUGCUCUACCUGGCCAGCAAUGAGUCCAGAUCCUUGUGGUGGACGGAGGUUACACCACAACCAAUCCCAGCUAG